AUGGGCACACUCAAAAAGGCAGCGCUUGAUUGGUUUAGUAGUCUCCCUGACCGAUCAAUCACCGACUUCGACGUCUUCGGUCGGCUCUUCAUGGCGCAAUUCGUUGCCAACAAGAAGAAAUCACCGAUCACGGCGGACUUGUUCGACCUCAAGCAGCAACGCGGGGAGUCAUUAAAGGAUUUUCUACAAAGGUUCAACGAGGUCGCCUUGAGAAUAGGGUCGUUGGACGAGAGGAUGGCAGUCAUAACAUUCCAGAAGGGCUUAAGGUCCGGAGCUUUCGACAUCGCCCUCGACAAAGCUAACUGUCAAACGAUGUCAGAGGUGAGGGCCUUCGCCUUGAGUCACAUCAAGACGGAGGAAAACCAAAUUGUUAAAAGAGCGGCGGAAAGCCGAGAGGCGGGGGGCAGUAAUAAGGAAGGCAACAAGCACCUCCGGGUACGCUCAGACUGGAGCAAGCGACGUGAUCACUACGAUCCCAAGGAGGGAAAUCGUAGGCAGGCGGAUCAUGGCGGUCGGGCGAAGGGCGAUUGGGUACGAAGCAACGAGCAAGAAAAAUUCACCCCACUCAACGUCCCUAGGAGGCACAUACUCCAUGAAGUCAACAACGCUUCGCUCUUCGAGUUUCCGGUGACGACCGACCGCCAGUUGGGCCCUUACAAGACCGACUGGUGUGAGUUUCAUCGCACCCAUGGACACACUACGGAGAAUUGCUUUGUUCUCGGUAGGCCGAUUGAGCGUCUCAUCAAGGAAGGCCGCCUGAAGAAGUUCAUCACAUGUAAGCAUUAG